AACCAAGCUCAAGCUUGGCCAGGAAGAACUUUUCCGGACCAGAAUAUUCAGCACCCCCAAUGAUUCCAACAACCAAAAGGGGGAAAACAACUGAGAUAGCUAGAAUCGUCCUGAUGUUGGUCUGUUCAAGAAAAACCAUGGCAGAAACCAGACACCCUAAAAGGAAAACAUUUAUUCUGGGGAUCCCAAAGCUAUGAGACCUUGUGUACAAAAGUGGCAAAAUAUAGAUGAAUCUUCAAUGGGUCUGUGAGAGCAAGUAAGACUUUGGAGGGUCUAAUACUACUGACCAAAAAGGGGGACUUCAGGACUUGGUCCUUUUUUUUUUCUUUGUGAUGGAGAUAUACAUUGGGUUAGAAUUAGAUAGAGAUAGAUGGUGUUGAUCAUAGAGCUUGUUUCAAUGAAAAGAACGUCAGAGCUUCAUCUCAUGUUUCUAUUUCAACUUCAAUCACUUCUUAUUGUCCCUUUGUGCAUUCCCAAUUCUAAGCUUCACCUCCUCUCUCUCUCUCUCUCUCUCUUGGUUUUACCAUUAUAAGACCUUUGUAACUGUAGACAAUAGAAUAUCAUUCCAUUUCCAUACUAGCAGAUGUCAUUAAAUUCCUCCUCAAUAAGUAUUCAUCUUCUUGCUAUCAAACAACCCAAUUUUUUACCACCAAAGGGAAGAAGAGUCUCACAUCAUCUCCUCCUUCCAUGGAGCCACAGCAUAUAGAGCCAUGUCUCUCUGAGACCUCAAGCAUCAUUUCAGUACCAGAGGCUCAGCCAAGUCUAGAUGGCUCAGAGAAGCAGCAGAAAGGGGAGAGGCAACAGCCAGAAGGAGAAGAAACGUUGCAGGAAGAGACUAAUCCUGAUCUCUUACUAGAUCUUAGCCUCUCUCACAAGGAUUCCAGUCAUGGGUCGAAGCCAGAACUCAAUCUUAUCGAUUGCUUGAGCGUGGGUGCAUCAGAAACUUCACCAGAGAUCCCACAAGGCACAGAGGCUGAGCCCCGAGUCUUCUCCUGCAACUACUGUCAGAGAAAAUUCUACAGCUCACAGGCUCUUGGGGGACACCAGAACGCCCACAAGCGAGAGAGGACUCUAGCAAAGAGAGGGCAUCGAAUGGGAGCUGCUGCUGCUGCUUUUGGGCAUUCUCAGUCGCACUACCAUCGCUUCUCAAGCUUGGCUUCUUUACCACUCCAUGGUUCUUUCAGUCGGUCUCUCGGAAUUCAGGUGCACUCUAUGAUCCACAAGCCAUCAGGGCAUUUAUAUGGUCACCAUGAGUGGUCGAGGUCGCCCAUCAAUCAACAACCUGCAAUUGGAAGACUGGCAAUGACCGAUUAUCAUGUGGGUGUGUCGGCAGGAUCAUCGUCGAGAGGUGGCGCUGCUCGGUUCGAUACCAGCCGGAUGUUUAGUCCUCCUAUGGAGGAAGGAAUCAGUGGUUAUUGGUGGGCAGCUAGUGGCGGCAUGAAGACUAAUCAAGAGGAGUUGCAGAAGCUCGAUCUGUCUCUGAAGCUCUGAGUUUUUUUUUUUUUCUCUUCUUCUUCUUUUCCUUCCCUCGUUGAUUUUGCUAUUUCAGUGAGAAUUUCGUGUACAUUUAAUGAUCAAAGGCUUUAGGUAUUUUGAUUACCAUUUUUGUUUUGGAAAUGUUCAAAUUAUGUGUAGAUAUUGUUAGAAACUUAGAACUUGAAGGCUGGAGCUUUGCCAUGGUGAUUAGAUUGAAUUCUGCCCGUGUGAAUUUCGCCUUAUUUAGAGGUUUAAUUUAUCUGCAGAGUUUCCCUGAAUGUAGAGUCAAUUCUUCCAAGUUUGUUUUUGAUCCCUUAACCGACCAAAAGGAUUCAAAAUGAAGUUUCAUUCUUAGUUCUUACCACUUA